CUUUAUUAACUUUUCCAGUGCAUCAAUGAAGAAUGAACAGAGUUACCUAAUAACAAGACUUCCCUUGGGAUAGAAUGAAACUAGUUUUCCCUUCUUGGCAUAAGACUAUAUUAAGAAGUUAUGUUCGAUCUGGAAGGGUUAAGUUGUAAGGCAAAAAAAAAAGUCGGCCGCUUUUUUAUUUUAGAACCGAAUGAGCCGAACAAACAUAAAGUUAGCGGCCGAUGGAGAAGACAAUCGAAUACAGCGCCAGAACUCGGCAAGGCCUAAACGAGGAUAGAAAUCAAGUGCUUUUGCUUAUACUUCCUAUUGUAUGCUAAGCGUACUACAUGACAGAGUUGUAAGAGACUUACGUAAACCAAUGCGACUUAUUUAGAAAAGAAGCGUUCGUAAAUACCAUAUAACUUAAGUCAGAUGGAUUACAUGAAAUGAAAGGAGUUUAAUUUUACUUAGAAUCUUUUUUUUCUUUCAAUUUGACCUUCUCUUCGACUAUAGUCAAGAACAACUAGCAAGGUGAUUAAAAAUGGAUACUCAAAUCAUCUUCCAUGAAACAUACUACAAUAUCAUAUAAGGGCUUAACAGUAAUACGAUCAUUGAAGUACAGGAAGUCUUCAACAUAAACAAUGGAUGCAAGUUGAUUUUUCUUAAAGUUUUAUGGACACGGAAUUUCAAUUACUUCAAUUGCUUUCUUCCUAUCAUCCUAGCUGAACGUCCGCUUAAUUCACUUUUUAUCGUCUAAUACUAUCCUAUUUUGUGAUAAAAUUGUGAAGAUGGAAAGCAUUUGAAUUGAUUUUGGAGCAAUCAGAAUAAGUUCUCGAUGAAUCAUGAAACUUGAGGAUUUUCCUAUGAGUCAAAUGUCAACUACCACGGUCCAUGUCUCUUGUGUUUGCGCUUCACUAGGAUUUUUCAUAUACGGCUUUACAAUAUACGAAAAGAAGAAAUUAUAGUACAGAGGAUGAAAGAAAAAGUUCUUUAGUUCUUUUUCUAUUUCUCAUUGUAUCACCAUUCUUUAUACUAGGCUCAUAAAAUACUACUCACGAUCCUCUAUAAUACGAUGGUUUACUUUGGAGUACCUCCACAUACACUAAGGACUGACUGUAUCAAUAGUGAAUAUGUAUGUGUGAAAUGAACGAACCAUUGAGUGUACUUUACUAACUUAUUGCAUACUAGAACUUUAAUACUAACAUUUUUUUUGAAUUUUUCGGGAUCUUCAAGUGAGAUAGACUCAAACAUCAAGGAAGAAACGUUCAAAAGCAUAUCAUAUCACUUUUCCUAAUUUGGUUUCGAUCGUAUUUUCCAUUUUCCAUUUUCCAUUUUUUAUUUUGUUUUUGAUAAUAAUCCUAUCGAUUUCUCAUGGGUCUUGCGCUCUCCAUUCCUUCUGUCAUAGCCGGCUCUUUAACAAAUGUUGUUGGCAUUGGCAGUAGUUUUGUUUUCACUUCAUUGCUAAGUCUUACAAAUUACAUUCAAAGCUCUGUUGGUGCCAUUAUUAGCUAUGCAGUUUUGUAUCUACUGAAUUCGCUGUUGUCUUGGUGCAUGCUAAGUUCCUGGUUUAAUAACAAACUGUCAAAGCUAUCCGCUGGGUACUUAGAGUUUGGUUGUCAAGAUGAUGGAAAAUGCUACAGUGUACUUGCGGUUCAUCGUUUAUCUUUUGCCCUUGUCAUGUUUCAUUGCCUGUUCGCCUUUAUUUUAAGUCUAUCUAAUUCUCGAUCUGCAGUUGCCACAAAAAUUCAAAAUAGUAUGUGGCCUUUUAAAAUUAUUUUGUGGAUUCUCCUUAUUGUAGCUUCUUUUUUUAUCCCUACUUCUUUCAUGUCAUUUUGGGGGAAUGUUUUAUCCGUAAUCGGCUCUGCCUUUUUCAUUGUUUAUGGUUUAUUGCUUCUUGUCGAUUUUGCACACACAUGGGCUGAAAAAUGCGUCGAACGGGUCUUAGUCACUGACUCUACUUCCUCAAAAUUUUCCUUAAUUGGUUCUACUGUUGGCAUGUAUAUAAUUGCUUUGCUACUUACAAUUCUUGCUUAUGUUUAUUUCUGCGCUUCUUCAUGCUCCUUUAACCAGGCUAUUAAUACAAUCAACUUUUUGUUGUGUAUUGCUGUUAGCUGUCUUUCGGUGCAUCCUACUGUCCAAGAAUACAAUCCUCGAUCAGGUCUUGCACAAGCAUCUAUGGUUACAUGCUAUACCAGCUACCUUAUUCUUUCCGCAUUAGCGAAUAGACCAGAUGAGGGAAAAUGUAAUCCUUGGAGUGGAUCCGCUACUGGAACUCGAGAGUUUAGCAAAGUAAUUGGGGCUGCUUUUACCUUUUUAACCAUCGUUUAUAGUGCCUUGAGAGCCGUUUCCGGAUCGGAUAAAAAUGAAGAUUACGAUUUUUUUUACGGUGACUCUAAUAACUUUUCGCGUGAAAGAAGCUUAGAAACCCAGUUUGAAGAUGACAACGACCUGUCAAACUUCAAGAGUAACUAUAACUAUAUUUGGUUCCAUGUUAUUUUUAUCCUGGCUGCUUGUUACACAGGUUCGCUUCUCACUAAUUGGAACACGAUGGAUCUGUAUGAGGAUAAGAAGAAUGAUGUUUUUGUACGUAUUGGAUUCUCUUAUGCAGCUGUCUGGGUUAAGAUAUUAACGUCAUGGAUAUGCCAUUUAAUGUACGCUUGGACCUGUUUGGCUCCCAUUUUCUUUCCAUAUCGGUUUAUGAAUUGAUUCCUUCUUCAUUUGAGGUUCCAUCUUUUUGUUAAGCCGAUUGCUGUAUAAUAAAUAUGUUUGCGAUGUUUAUGCCCGCAGUAUCAAAGAACUUGGAUGAAUUAACAUUCCCCACAGGAAACGGAUGCGUAAUAAGGGAAUAGAAGAGAAGCGUUUCUAUUAUUAUCGGAAUUUAUCUUUCUAUAUUUUUUACGAGUUAGAAAUGCAGUUGUGUUUAAGGACCUCAUCUUAUUUACAUGAUACAGAAAAGUCAGUAUGAUCGUUUAAAGAUAGCAACUGCAUAAAGUGUAAAAUAUUAUAUAUGGAUUAUGUUAACCGCUUAAGUAUUUCAUCAUGAAAUAUCCUAUUGUGCUACAAAUCAGGUUCAUAUUGCUGGAAGAAGAUUCGACAAUAUAGUCUCCUGCUUCGAAAUGAUUAUUACAGAAUAAUGUUAUGACAUGAAAUGAAGAUUAAAUAUGAAUACGAAUAUCAGGUUAAAAAACAUUUUUUUAUUGUUUGCGAAAUGGUAAAUAAACGACAGAUCGCCGAUUGUGCUUGUAUUACGAUUUGUAUUGCGUAAAACGAUAUAAUUUUCUUACUAUUUGGGCGGAUUGAAGCAUCACGUUGUAGUUUGAAAUAGAAUUGCAGCAGUUGAUUGCUAUAUUCGGAAUAUACUCAGUUUGCUUCGUGAUUUUCGAAUUUAGUAUAUAUAAACCUACUACUGUACUGAUCUUUUGAAGUUCGAAGAACUUUACUACAUAUAUAAAAAGACAUUUGAAGCGAUAAUUUUGCGCGCAGGUAACCUCUACUUAUAGCUUUCAUUUGGAUUAGGUACUUGCUUUUAGUGUAUUUCAAAGGUAGGAAACAGCCAACGCAAAUCGCUAGAACUGUUACACUAUGGCUAAGAUUGGUAAAAUUAGCAAUAGUCAGUACGGGGUUUGUCCUUAUGCAGACUCAUAACUUUGUGAGUUUUUCGUACUCUUUGAACAUUAUAUGAUGAUACACGGAAUGAGUCGCCUCUUAAUUAUUACCUUGCUAUGCCUUUCCACGUAGUAUAAACCUUGCUAUCUAUUAAUAAAACCUUGGUUGCAUUAACAUUUCUAUAUAUUAUCUUAAGCACUUCAGUAGUGUUUACUUGUGUUAUAGGUUCCAUAUCUUAUAUGAGCUAUUAUCCUCAAUGAUUAGAAACUUGAAGUUCACGGAACUAAAUGAAUUCGCCUAUCUUCAUUACCAUAAUACAGUCAAUAGACGAAGUACUGACUUAACUGAUAGAACCAACAAACAAAUGGAAAACCACAACUGUGUUAUUAUCAGAACUAGUUCCCGUCAUCUGUCUUCUUGCUUCCUGUUACUUCUUAAGGAACAUCGAUCAAGAAGUGAUUCCAUGCAUGAACUUACAUAACCCAAGUCAAAAAAAGCAUUUGUAUGAGACAAAAACAAAAAGCCUACAGCACCCCGGAUUCCCAUGUUGUCUCCAACCAUAGUACUAACGAGGCCCUCAGACGCUUAACUGCAGUGAUCGGACGGGAACUGGUGUUUUCGCCUAGGUGUGGCCGUAGACAGAUGAUUUAUAACAAUAACACACAUAGAGAAGAUAUAUAUUUGUUAUUAGCCGCAUUUAUCUCAUAAAUCAACAGAACUGAUUGAUUUCCUAACUUAUAAAUCUUUUAUAAACAACCUUACAGUCUAAUUUUAUUGAAUGAAAACCUAUAUAAAAACCCAAAUACCAUACAUAUUUUCCAUUUUUCAGACACUCCACUUUUUCCUAAAGAUUAAUCAACCUCCUCGUCACCUUCGGAACUAAGGUCGUCAUCACCAUUUUUCAAUGCUUCUUUCUUUUUUAAACGCAUAUUUUCCUUAUGAUUUUGGUCUUCCAAAACUGCUUCACGCAAAAGUCUGCGCUGCUCUUCACGGAUUUCACGUUGCGCGACUACAUACAUACCUAAUGAUGUCUUUUCCCAUUCCUCGUUUGCUAAAAAGGCAUCAAGUGAAUCGAGGUUAGCAGGGCUAAUUUUUUGUUGAGCGCGAUGACUUAAGACAAACUCACUUUGCUGUUCAAGUUUCUGAACCAAGGUCAAAAGAGAACGAUUAAGCUUGACAUUCUUACUUCUCUUUGCAAAGCGCUUAGCACGAACAAUUGCGGGUAUAACAAAUUCGGGAAAAGCAACGUUUGUAGCAUACAACACAUAAUACUCCCCUAACAACUCCAGUAGCUGAUUAGUUAUGCCAUCUUGAUAAACGCGAGUUCUCAAGUAAGCAGUUGGUGCACGAAUCUCUACUUCCCAAUCCAAAGGCUUCAAUGUACUGGGCUUAGGUUUUCUCGAAAGUUCAGGGGAAUCCAAGACAUCAAAUAAGACUGGAGCCAUUGGAAUAAAAACACCUGUAUGUCUAGAAAGAUAAAUAAGACUUCGUGAAAGAUGGAAUCGCAUAGGGUACAUUUGAGAUGAAGGAGAAGUUGUAAUUACUCCCAAUGCAAUUUGUACUAAGGGGUAUACCAAAGAUUGCAUUUCGACAGCCAAUCCCUUCUCACGGCUCAACCAGGUGGCUCGACUUAGUAAACGGGACCAAAAGUCAAUAGCAUGUACAUAUGACCAACUUUGUACAAGCUUCCGAGUCUCUGGCUUUGGCUGGUGAAUUGUAUUUCUGAGGGUAAUAGCAAGUUGUCGAAUAUAUCGAAAUGCAAUUAAAUAACAACUUUCUGGAUUCAACAAAAAUAUAUCCGCGCAACUAUUUUUCAUAAAAUUAAUAGCUGCUAGAGUGUGAACAGUCGUAUAAGAGCUGAUACGAAUCAUAGUUAAAUACAUAUGCUUAAAAGCAAACUCUAACAAAGUUAAAUCGGCUGUCAGGCAAACACUUCGCAAAACAAAAACACAUGAAACUCUAACAGAAUCAUCGCGGUUGGUGCUCCAGACUUCAACGACAGCUUCAACAAACUGUUUCAAAAAUUUUCGAUAAGUAAUCAUAUAGGGAAGCACAUUUUGAGUUUCGCGAAGUAGUAGGGAAAUGUUUUUAGCAUCAGUCAUCCCUUCCAAUAAUCGCAAGACAGAGAAACCAUAAGACUUCAAUAUAGGACUGAGACGAGACAAAACCUUAUUGUCGGUAUUCACAACCUUUCUGCCAUUUUUUUCUGUUUGCAGAGGAAUAUGAUGAUUUAACACCUGAGGAACAGAUUGAAUAGCUAACAAUAAUAAGUCAUUGAAUACCCUAGAAUCUGUUAUCGUAUACUUAAGAUUCAUUCCUUCCUCCUCAUUCAAAUAAGCAGCGGCUUUAAAAGCUUGAAUAACUUUUUGUAAAGUUGUCAAGGACUUUUGACUACUCAAAUUAUCCCGCCAUUUAUUCAGCAUAUCCAUAGUAAUUUCUGUUUUUCCUUCACUAGACCGUUUGCCUUCCUCUGCCUCGGCCUCAUCUUCUUGAGCUGCUUCAUCUGCAUUGAAUUCUAAAAGAUCACUGUCAUUUUUUUUCAAAUAAUUGUAAAAGUCAGGAUCUUUCUCCUUCAACGAAUCAAGUUGCUCUCGAUAUUGCUCUGCGUCUACUUCUUCUUCAUCAGAAGAACUACUUUCGUCUUCUUCCUGAACAGUUUUUGGUUUUAUAUUCUUUUUUGGCUGGGAUGACUCCUUUGCAGACUCCCGACGUUCUUCAGAUGGCUUGGUGUUUUUUCCUGAAGUAGCUGACUUGUCCAAACUAGAUUCAUCAAAAUCACCAUUCAAAAAAUCAUCCAUGGUGACAUCUUCAUCCUCAGAACUGAGAGGUUCAGUUUUGGAUUUGUUCAACAACUCCUUCACCUCAUUUUGCAGACCUUUUUUAGAAUCUAACUUUUUUUGUGUUCCUAUGGAAUUGGUAGGCUUGGAAGAAGUUUUCUUUAUUUUACCAUCUUUUUUAUUUUUCAAUUGCCCCUUUCUUGCCUUCAGAAUGGCCGAUAGCUUCGACAUAGAGAAUAUGGAGGUGGUUGGUUUUUUUGUAGUAUGGAAUUUGGAGUGCUCAGAUAUCCUCCACGAACUCAAUCUUUUGGCAGUCCAGGCUUUUUGGUGUUAUGGAAAAUAUCUAUUAAAAUAAGUAUAUUUUAAACUAAUUAAAGGUUUCUUUAUUUUUGA